AUGGCCGACGGCGAGGCCGCCGCGCCGAGCGACGCGCGGCUGUGGGCCGUCGCCGCCGGGGCGGUGCUCCUCGAGCACCUGGCGCUCCUGCGGCCCGAGGGCCCCUUGCAGUUCGAGCCGGGGGAGCUGCCGUGGUGGGCGGCGCGGGCGCUCGAGUCCGCGGAGGAGGCCGUGCGAUCCGAGCUCGAGCCCCUCGGCGUGCAGCUGCACGUCGGGCCCGUGGCGGCGGCGCGGGAGCCGGGCGGCGAGGGGUGCGCCCUCCGCUGGCGCAGCGGGGCGCCCCUCUGCGGGAGCGACGCCAGGGCGCUGCUCGCGAGCAUCUGCAGCCCUCUGGAGGGUGCGGGCAUCGACUGGCUGGGUUGGCUCCGCCGCGCCGUGGUCGACAUCGCCCGGGUGCUGGAAGACCUGAUGGGGCAUGCCGUCAUGUUCGGCGAGGAGUGGUCCACGCCCUACGAGGUCUGCUGGCAGGCCGACGGCGCGGGCAAGUGCAUCACGAUGCCCGAUGUCCCAGGCUUCGCCGAUCGCCACUUCAGGCACUUCGAGGCCUCCAUGGGCCACGCCUGCAAGGGGCAGACGCUGCUUUACCAGUUCCUCGGCACUUACCUCAUCCCCUGCCACGAGGUCCUGCACGUUGUGCAGCACCUGCACGGUGGGCUGCUGGACCCGGACCCCCGCAGCUACGCCAUGGAGCACGACGCUUCGCGGUUGAACUUCGUCCUCCUGUGGCACGUGAUGCAGCAGCCGGGGAGCGCCCCAGAGUGGGCGAAGUGGGUGUUGAUGCUCGAGGGCAUCAACCGUGCGCUGGUCUGCUCGCGGCGGCUGGCGCUUGGCUUCGACGCCGCGCAGCGCGAGGCCUACCGCCGCUGGGCGGACUCCUUCGGCCUCGAGUCCCCCGCGCAGGCCUUCGCCUGCCGCGGCGACGAGGCCGCGCUGGAGCUCGAGAGCCUGGCCAAGGUGGUCGUAGCCGGCGAGGGCCUUGCAGUGGCGGGCGCGCCCCCGCCCGCGGACCACCUGCGCGCGCUGCUCCGCGCGGCCUUCGACCCGGCCCGCAGCGGCGACGUGUACUCGGAGGGCAACCGCGGGCGCCUCCUCGCGGCGUUGCCACCCGGCCAAGCCGCGCCGGGCGAGGGGGCGCUGGAGAGGCUGCUGCUGGCGGCGGGCCUCGCGCGCGACCGCGGCGUGGGA